AUGAUUGAAUCUGCCGGAGCGAGUCGUGGUCUGACGGCAAACUUCUGUCGCGUGGUGUUCCUGGGCGAGACAGCCCAGGCCCAGAUCAUCAACGAAGAGGGACAGACCACCCCCAAAGCCGUGGCACAGUCUCGCCAAGAAGUUAUCAACCACGCUGGAGGGUUUUGCUACCUGGUGGACCAAGUCGUCGUGAAGGACAAGCCAAUGUCCAAUGCUAUCAUCUGCGAGGUCCAUCGCGUCCUAGCCACCGGCAUCAAAACCCAUGCCGACGACGUCUUCCCGGGCGAGCACCGCACCCACGAAGUCGGCGUAAACGUGAUUGGCACGGACAAGGGAGAUGCGAAGGAGCAUUUGGACAUUGUGGCUGCUGGCUGCGCGUUCUCCCAUACGGAGGACUUUGAGGACCGCCGAGAGGACGAAGAAUCUCACCUCAAGCUGGCGGAAUUUGUCAAUGACUAUUCAUGA